GUGAGGUUCAGCCAGAUGUCAGUGCAGAUGCAGGAAACACCAGACGACACAUCAAUGUAACUGAAGAACAUGAGACAACAAUGACGAAGUGUCUGAUCCUCAAAAUACAAGAGAAAACGGGGACGAGGUGUAAACGAAAAUUUCAGAAAAUGCUGGAGAAAUAAGUGUGAAGUUGAGUCUGUUCAAUGAUCGAUAAUGUCUAAAGGGAAGAACAAGAAACAAGCACAUGACUCAAGCGCCACUAAAGAUAAUCAGUUCUAUGGCCUCAGAAACCAAGGAUCAACAUGUUACUUGAACAGCGUGCUGCAGGUGCUGUUCAUGACUGAAGAGUUCAGAGAAGCUGUGAAAAGGCACACUGAGGGCAACAGCAACACAACACACAUUGACAGACAGCUGUCAGAGCUGUUUGAUGAGUUAAAGAAAGGCCCAGCAGAGACCAUCGGAAUCACACACAAGCUGGGAAUUCACUCAGUGAAUAAACCAAGUGAUGCAGCAGAACACUUUGAGAAGAUUUUGGAGCUCACCAGUCCCGAGGCGUCAAAGAUAUUUCAAGGAAAUCUGGUCCACACAACAGAGUGUCUUAAAUGUCACAACAGAACUUGUGAAGAGGGGAAAUUCUGGCAUCUUCCUCUUCCACUGGAGGAUUCCUGCACUCAAAGCUACAGUGUGGAGAAAGGUGUUGCAGAAUUUUUCCAGACUUGUGAGUUAAAAGGAGAAAACCAGCUGUACUGUAACGACUGUAGUGAGAAAUGGGACGCUACUAUUGAAUGUGAAAUGAAGCAUCAUCCAGACAUUUUGACGCUGCUGCUGAAGAGGUUUCAGUUCGACUAUCACUACAUGUCAUACACCAAAAACAACUGUGCUGUGGAUGUCCCAUACACCCUGGAAGUUCCACAGGGUCAGAUCUAUGAUCUGUAUGCGUUUGUAGAACAUGUUGUCAGUUUGAAAAGUGGACACUACACAGCCACAGCCAAGUCUCAGGACGGCAGAGGAGCCAGAUGGUACAACUUCAAUGAUUCAAGAGUUGAGCAGCUUAAUCAAAACCUUUUUAAUGAAAACAACAUGAAAAAUUUUCUGUCUGGUUCCAGCAGUCCUUACCUUCUGUUUUACAGGAAGAAAAAAGACAUGAGGGAACGGUCGACCAACAGCUCUGCUCGUGAGAGAGACGACCAGAGUGGAGAUGCUGUGAGGAGAGGUGGAGGUGGAAGUGCUGUGGGAGCAGACGACGCUGCAGCGGCUGAUUCCACCAGCAGAGAGGAAGAACCGCCAGUCAAACGAAGAGUCAGUGACACGUCCUGUUCAGCAGGGGGGUUAAGAGAUCCCUGCAGUACCGAGGUCCAGGACGACAGAGUUUCUGUCCAGCAGAGCAGGCAGAGUCAUCAGACUACUGAGAGUAGAGAUGACAAGAGAUGUGAAAACGUUCAUCGUUCAACGUUCAUACAGCAAGAACCAGCGAGGAAGGAGAAGAUGAGAGACAAAGAGGAAGAAAAGAAAGCAGCAACAAAUGUAGAAAAGCAGGGAAGAGAGAAAAAACAGUUUAAUACGGAAAGUUCUUUUCAAAACAGUGUCAAAUACACAGAAUUAGAUGUAACUGUAAAGAGCAUAUCAGAUCAUGUUAUUGAACAGCAAGAAAUGGAAGAAAGGAUUGCAACGCCAAACCAGAAAAGAGAGACGUCAAGUGGUGGCGGUGAAGAGAAAGAGCACAGAACAAAAGGAAAACGCAAAACGGGUAAAGUGGCACCAGGAAGUGAUGAGCUGAACCGUAGUCAUGAAGGCCGCCAAGUUUAUUCUCGGCAAAAAGCAAACAGAGAGGUUAAAACGAGUCAACAUGUCGCUGUGUCAGAGGAAGGUUUCACUGCGAUCCCAAGCAGCUCCUCUUCCACAAGAAAAAAGAAAAGAAAAGAAAGUCAGAACCAGAACGAUCGCACAAGCACUGCAUCUGUGUUGAAGAAUGAGAAAGAGGAACGUUUGUUUAGAAGACAAAGAGAUAAAAAUAAAGAAGAGCAGGUGAAGGAACAGACCCAAAAACCCAAACAGAAGAAAAAGACUGGAUGCUGGUCGUGUUGUAUUUCCAGCGAGGUCAACGACUGACCAGGACGUCAACAUAUCUUAUCCAGGAGAAAUCAAAAUCUAUUAAUAAUCCUUCUUUUUGUUUUUUUCGUUGAUGAGGGAAGUUUGUUAAACAAUCAAUCAGCUCCGGGCUGAGAUCAGUCAGAUCCUCACUCUGUGAUCCAGAAUGCACUUGAAGAUGAGAGUUGGGAUUUUUUUUUUUUUUUUGUAUCAUGAAUAUUGUGUGUGAAUGUGAGAGGGUAAAAAGCCAAUUUGUAUAAAAUUUAAUUUUCUGAUUCAAGAGCUCAAACUGUUGACUGUGACUUGAUGUGCCAUGUAAAUGUACACAUGUAUAACGGCUGUAUUGUCAGAAACAAAGUGAGGGUCUGCACCUCCAUCCCUCAGGGCUGAGACCCCAAACACUUGUGCAAAGUUCUUUAAAUUGUGUCGAGGUGAAAUGGAUUCAUUAGUUGUAAUUCUCAAACCAUUUGAAGCAGAUCAUGUUAACUAUGUCCUGUGGUGAACAACCAGUUAAUAUCAGUUGUUUGUUAAUUGUCAUGUAACUUCAUUUCCAACAUUUUCACCUUAUCUGAGGAUAUGAAGGAAAGAAAAACAACAAUAUAUAGCAUCAAACGUAUGUGUGUAAUUGAAUAAUAUUGUCAUUUCAUUUAAUGUUGUAGCGGUGGUGAUGUAACAUUGUAAAAAUGAAAAGGAGUUUAUAUAAAUAAAACUCAUAAAAACACAGAAUGUAAAAGUU